AAAGACUUGCUGGACGGAGGCGGAAAGUAAAUAACAAAAUAUUGAAAUAUGUGAUCUGCUACAACAAAAUAUGGAAUGUUAUGACAACGAAAUUUAACACAUGUGUUACAACGAGGAUAGCACACGACGAAUUUAAUGAGUAUCAAGUUUUCUUCGCGGCCACUGUCGACUAAUCUCCCCAUAUGUCGCUGGCAGCUAUAUGAGGACCUAGUUUGUGAUGCCAAAUCGGGUCCUGUUGACAGAGUGUGGGUCUCUCCGGGGCAUGUGUAUAUAACCAUCAAUGGAGGCACACAUCUGUACACAUUUGAUACAAAGCCCACCAGUAAAACACAUGAGGAGAACAGAGGAUGUUUGGACUUAGCUGACCUUGACCAUCCCAUAUUAGAUAUUCUAGUGUCUUCAUCAAACUACAGUUUAGCCUAUGUUGUCCAGAGGAAUGGCCACGUCCAGUGUUGGAAAUUCCGCAGUGACUUGACAUGGAUGUUGGUUAAGAGAUUUGACCUUUGCAAUGUGAACAGGUCAGAGGUCACCAGCAUAUGUCUGCAUUCAGGACAAGCAACAUUAUAUUGGUGUGAGCGACGACCAACAAUAUCAGAUGUUGCUAAUUACUCUAUUUGUAAACGACAGAUAGAUGUAGAUGAAGACAAACGUUCUGCCAAGGAUUAUGGUUCUACUCAGGUGAUCCUACAGAACUGUCCCUCGGCAGCUGUUUAUCCUGUCUCAUUUGGCGUCGCCAUUGUUAUCAAAUUGAAACCUCCCUUGGUUUCUAUGGUGAUACUUUGGCUGCCAAUAGCAAGCAAAGUUGUGAUAAAUGUAGGUCCCCACCAGGUGGAGUUACCAGAGUUAGGAACACGACAGCUAAUAGAUUUCCGGAGCCUGGCAUUCAAGCUUAUUGGUUACACAGUACAAAUGAAACCGGAACACAAAAUGACAGGUGUGACUUAUGACCCCCAGACAAUGGAGAUCACUGUGAUAGAUGGUCAAACAAAUGUCAGAACUUUCUCAGACACAAAAUCAAGUCUGCAGAAAAGCUACCAAAAGCUUGAUGCCAAAGAUUUCCAAGAAACUGAACGAGUCAUCAACUGGAUUAAGUUCCAAGGUUUUCUGGCUGCAGUAUUUAAAUCACAUAUAAUGUUGUUUGACCAAGACACUGGCCAGUUGGUGGACACCCUGGCUAGUCCAGACAACUCAGAGAUUGUUGAUGUCUGUCACCUUUGUCCAGGAACAAUGUGGAUGUCAUUUUUCACAACAAAUAACAUAUAUGUAAUCCAGAGAAAUAAGGAAAAUACUGAAGAGAAAAUAAAAGACAUGUUGGCAGUCAAUAACUUCCAGACAAAGGCAGUCGAACUGGGUUACCUUGAGCAGCUGAAGACACAGAACUGCGGUAUUCCUGUUUAUGACAGGAUCACUAAGCUUGGCAAGGCUUGGGAAACUGAGAGCAGCCGACCUCCAAGUACUAAACUGGCAGAGACACUAAAUCCUUAUUUGAGGGAGUAUUGGAGUCUAGAGAAAUUCCAACAGGAAAUCCUAAAUGGAACAUUGGUGUUGCCGAGUGUGUGUCCGGGAGAUAUUGAGGAGGAGGUCCUACGAGUCCUAAGUCCUGAAACGAGUAUGUCUAUGUCUGGGAGACAGGCGUGGCUCCUCCUCCUGGCCGACAAGUAUCCGCAAGAAGUGCUGGCCAUCCUUAUGAAGCAGCUUGACUUUGAUACAGAGGACAUCAGCCCAUCCCAGUUACAGCGCUGGCAGUGUAUCCUAGCCAAGGACAGUGUUGUGAGCCCUGUUAGUACAAAGGUUGCCGUACCCAUGUUUGAACACACCUGUCGUCUGCUGUUCAUCGUCCAACCUUCAAAAUUGGUAAACUUUGUAAAGAUUGCCCAGCUGAUCAAUGACCAGCGAGUGGGUGUGUCGGCCUUCAUCAGGAGAAGGCAAGCACUUCAGUACUAUGACCGUGCCAUCAUGUGUCUACCUGACCUGUCCACAUCUCAGUGUAUCAAGGAAGCAACACCUGCCUAUGUUCAACUUCUACUGGCCAGUGAACAAGAUGGGUGUGAAAUAAAGGCAGUGCAGACAUGUAUGGACCAGGAAUGCUGGAAGGAUGCUAUUGAACUCAUGUCCAUGUAUACAGACAGCCCUGCUCUUCACAUCAAGUUAUUCCACACCAUUCUCCUGUGUAUGACGCAGAAGGAAGUGUUGGCACAACAUGCUGAAGCCCUCUUCACCAACAUGCCAGUGUGUAAAAGCUUUGACUCGGUGACGUCAGCAUUCCCACUACAGAACAAAGAUGGCUCAGGCACCAGUAGUGUGAAGCAGGUAUUUGCAUCAGAACUGGAUCAGGUACAUAUUGCUCAAAUACGACCCUAUCUGCUGGACAAGGUCAAGGAAACUGAAGCAGCCAAUGAGUGAACAAAUACGGCCCUAUCUGCUGGACAAGGUCAAGGAAACUGAAGCAGCCAAUGAGUGAACAAAUACAACCCUAUCUGCUGGACAAGGUCAAAGACACUGACGCAGCCAAUGAGUGAACAAAUAUGGAUUAAAUGUUUGACAAACUUCAGUACAUAGUAGAUCUAUGUACUUGCUAUACUGUAAAUUUCAAAUUUUUUUGCAAGUGCGCUACAACUGACUAUUAUUAAAGAUUCUAUUUUGUGGGACCCCCCCCCCCCCUCCCCCCAUAUCAACAUUCUGUUUGCAUAUUAACCAACAUUUACAAAAUUUAAUUUUUUGAUGGAAUCAUCUAGGAUCGUCGAGAUAAUAUUUAUAGCUACUUGAAACAAUUACAGAAUGAACAAUAAGAACAAACAAUGCAAAUAUUCUUCUUUCAAUCAUUAUAUUAUUCCUUCUUUGCGUAUUGCAGAGUUAUCUUCUCUUGUGAGCAGGUAUUGAUUGUUACGUCAUUGGUUUGUGUGAGAAAAUUACGUCGUUUU